AGCCGAUCUCUCUGUCUUGAUACUUCAUUUGAAUUCAAAAAUCAAUUUCUCGCUUAACCGCCAAACCUAGGACUUCAAUCAAUCCAAUUAGGCUCUCAUCCGUCCUCUUCGAGACCUCAAAAUCACUGGCACGAUCAAAUGAAGUUGAAGAUCAACAAAGCGUGCGAUCUCAGCUCCAUUUCGGUCCUUCCUCCUCAAUCAAGGAGAUCAAGUUGUAUACCUGUUGGACCACAACAAGCAUCACAGAUUCGAUCACAACAAUCACAGCAGUCAUUUUCACAGGGCUUUUCAUCUCAGCAUGGCAUGUUUUCUCAGAUCUCUCAGACUUCUCUUGAUGAAGCUCUGACAAAUGAUCAGAGAUUCAGUUCUCAGGAGCGAGAGAACUCUGUGAAGAAGCCAUCUUGCUUACCAGUAAUUAGCUAUAGAAGUGAAGAUGGUCAAUUACCAAUAUCUAGAUCGUCUUCCAAUCUAAUACGCAAUUGGAGUGCUGCUCCUGUUCCAGAUCAUAAAUGUCAGAUAAAUGAAGAACUUCAUUACCGGAUUGGAAUGAUGGAAUCCUCCUUAACCAAGUUUGGAAUGAUCUUAGAUUCUGUUCAGACCGAUGUCAUGCAAGUAAAGAAGGGAAUAAAAGAAGUAUCACUGGAGAUGGAAGGCAUGCUACAGAAGUUGAUUGUCCUUGACACCUCACUGAAGCUAACGAAUACGGGACAAGAAGAUGUCAAAUUCAGCCUUGAGGGGAGCCUGAAAUCUUUAUCAGAACAACUAAGCAAGGAUAUAUAUCGAGAUAAUUUGCAGCAGAUAUUCUUGGUGCUUUCUACCUUACCAAAGCAGAUAGAAAUUUUUCUGUACAAACUACAAAAUGAGCUAUGCACAACCUUCACCAAAGAAAUUCAGGCAAUGGCUUGCAGCGUGAAGACCCCCCUCGACCAAAAAAGUCCAUCAAUCACUGUAGUUCUGCCAAAGGUUACUGGGAAUCAUGUUGCUCCACCGAGAAGGACAGAGCCAGUAAAGAAUCCAGCUUUGCCUCCAAAGGUUUCUGUGCAUGCAAAAAUAGUUCCAAAGAUGGAAACAGGAGGUUGGAAGUCUGUAAAGGUGGAACAACGCUCAUUUACACAAACGGCAUCCCUCAGGGAGCAGAAACGCAACAAAGUUUAUUCAGAUCAACAGGAAAAACAAAGUAGAGUUAUCAUUGAUUCAGAUGAGGAGAUCGAGGGAGGUUUUUCUUGCUUGAUUGAUGUUAAGGAAACAGGCAUCAGAAACCCCAUAUUGGAUGUGUCGAAGGAAGAGACUGCAAGAAUUUUGAGAAAAGCUAGGAGGCAAAAGAGAAAAUACUGUAAUCCUAUCAUUAUUAAUUGAAGAUAUCUUCCGAAUUGAAGUGUUGGAACUAGAAUACAAAAUGAACUUGCCUAAAAGGGAAUGCAGAGUUCGUAGAUUUCCUAAAUGAAUGGCUCCAAGCACGUGACUUUUAUAUUAGCGAUGCGUCGUCAGACUCGGCUAGAAUUAUUUUUCAUGAAGUAGGCAAGACACAAGGUCUCCAGUGCCGCUGUACUGCGGAUAAAUAUUUUUGGUUAACGAGUCCAAUAGUUAUGAUCUCUCAUGUCCCGAAGAGUCAAAAGUUGCCUAGGAAUUAUUGCUGAAGACCCACCACCGCAUAGCUGUUCCAGAUCAGUCGUAUUUACUACGAUUACCAUUGGUUCAGUUCAUUUUUGCUUCUGUCUACCGUCUCUUAACAACCUUGUCGCCCGCGUGUUUUUAUCAGUUGCAUGUGCAGCAUUAAUCCGGAGAACAAUAAAAAUCCAUACGCUUCCAAUAAGUUGGCCAAGAAGGAAAGUAAAAUAAUGCAAUUUGUAGGACUACGGAUCAAGUUACAUCAUUGCAAUCAUACUUGAAAAUGAAUUAGUAACCAAAUUGGAAGGGAGAAAAAAAGCGAACAGAGAAAGAAGAAUAGAGGUUGGGAAUUGGGAUGCUGUGCUGCCGCGCAUCUUCUUGUAUAUAGAAUUGGGUCCGUCUACAAUGGGUUUUGUGUGUUAUUUCGUGGCUUGGCAAUUCAAUGUCCAUGGACUAAAAAGCACAGGAUGUU